AUGGCUGACGCUGAUGGGGCUUCUCCCAAAGAACAAAUCAUCGAAGCAUGUCGUCGUGACAACGUCGACCUCUACAACGAGGUGUUGGGUGGUAUGAAAGGCAAGUCGAAGGAGCAAGUCGCAAAGUUCUUCAAUGAAGUACUCGACACCCUGGGCAACCAUUUGCUGCAUAUCUGUGCAAGUUACGGCUCGUACGAUGUUAUGAACGAGCUGCUUGACGUCGAGUUUCUCGAAGUCGACCCUCUGACCAGACGAGACAAAGAAACCCCUUUACAUAGUGCAGUCCGCUACGCCAAUGAGAGGGAGUUGGAGCUGGGUGAGGCGAUGGUCAAAAUGUUGAUCGAAGCUGGUGCAGAUCCAAGAGUCAAAGACAGUCACAGCCACAAACCAGCAGACGUAUGCACUCCAAGAUGUGACGGUGUCAAAGCUAUUCUCAGGCAGGAAGAAUAUAUUCUCAACGAAGGUCUACGAAGAGAUGACAACCACGACGACGAAGCCGCAGGUUCAGCUUCUGAUUCCGAAUGA